GACUUCCUCUUUCGGUGGGGCGGCCCGGCCUCUCCGGCUCCUCCUCCUCCCGGGCCUCCUCCCCUAGCCGGGGCAGCUCAGGGCCCCGAGGUACGGCGCUCGCCCGGCCACUUCUCAGAGCCAGGCACCGCGCGAGCCAGCGACAGAGCCGGAGUCCCGCGUCCGACACUGCGCCUCCUGGGUGGCCGCCCGGCUCAGCCUCGCGCCUCCCUGCCUCCCCGCCGCCCUUGACCGCAAGCGCACCGCAUAGCACGGCAGUUCGGGCGCGGAGGCGGCGGGCCGCGGCCACCGUGCACUGGGACAGGGAUUGUAGACUUUCCGCUCCGCGCCCCGCGCUCGCCCCGGCGAUGGCUGCUCCCGGGCGGCUGCUGCUACGCCCUCGCCCCGGUGGCCUCCUGAUCCUGCUGCUCGGCCUCCAACCGCCCUUCGCCGGCUCCUUCAACCUGGACGUCGAAAGCCCCGCCGAGUACGCCGGCCCCGAGGGAAGUUACUUCGGAUUCGCCGUGGACUUCUUCGUGCCCAGCACGUCCUCCAGGAUGUUCCUCCUGGUGGGAGCCCCAAAAGCAAACACAACCCAGCCUGGGAUUAUAGAAGGAGGGCAAGUUCUCAAAUGUGACUGCUCAUCCAGCCGCCGGUGCCAGCCCAUUGAAUUUGAUUCAACAGGCAAUCGAGAUUAUGCCAAAGAUGACCCACUGGAGUUUAAAUCCCACCAGUGGUUUGGAGCCUCCGUGAGGUCAAAGCAGGAUAAAAUCUUGGCCUGUGCUCCAUUGUACCACUGGAGGACUGAGAUGAAGCAGGAGAGAGAGCCAGUUGGAACCUGCUUUCUUCAGGAUGGCACAAAGACCGUUGAGUAUGCUCCAUGCAGGUCAAAAAAUAUUGAUGCUGAUGGACAGGGAUUUUGUCAAGGAGGAUUCAGCAUUGAUUUUACUAAAGCCGACAGAGUACUUCUUGGAGGUCCCGGCAGCUUUUAUUGGCAGGGACAGCUCAUUUCGGAUCAAGUGGCAGAAAUCAUAUCUAAAUAUGACCCAAAUGUCUACAGCAUCAAAUAUAAUAACCAACUAGCCACACGGACUGCACAAGCAAUUUUUGAUGACAGUUAUUUGGGUUACUCGGUGGCCGUGGGAGACUUCAAUGGUGACGGCAUUGAAGAUUUUGUUUCCGGAGUUCCAAGAGCAGCAAGGACUUUGGGAAUGGUUUAUAUUUAUGAUGGGAAAAACAUGUCCUCCUUACACAAUUUUACUGGUGAACAGAUGGCUGCAUAUUUUGGAUUUUCUGUAGCUGCUACUGACAUUAAUGGGGAUGAUUAUGCAGAUGUGUUUAUUGGAGCCCCUCUGUUCAUGGACCGAGGUUCUGAUGGAAAACUCCAGGAGGUCGGCCAGGUCUCAGUGUCUCUACAGAGAGCGUCAGGAGACUUCCAGACUACAAAGCUGAACGGGUUUGAGGUUUUCGCCAGGUUUGGAAGUGCCAUAGCUCCUCUGGGAGACCUGGACCAAGAUGGCUUCAAUGACAUUGCAAUUGCUGCUCCAUAUGGUGGCGAAGAUAAAAAGGGACUUGUUUAUAUCUUCAAUGGAAGAUCCACAGGCUUGAAUUCGGUGCCAUCUCAAAUCCUGCAGGGGCAGUGGGCCGCUCAGAGCAUGCCCCCAAGCUUUGGCUAUUCAAUGAAGGGAGCUACAGAUGUAGAUAGAAAUGGAUAUCCAGACUUAGUUGUCGGAGCUUUUGGUGUGGACCGAGCUGUCUUAUACAGAGCCAGACCUGUUGUCACCGUAAAUGCUGGCCUUGAAGUGUACCCUAGCAUUUUAAAUCAAGACAAUAAAAUCUGCCCGUUGCCUGGGACAGCUCUCAAGGUUUCCUGUUUUAAUGUCAGGUUCUGCUUAAAGGCGGAUGGCAAAGGGACACUUCCGAGGAAACUCAACUUCCAGGUGGAGCUUCUUCUGGAUAAACUCAAGCAGAAGGGAGCCAUCCGACGAGCACUGUUUCUCCAUAACAGGUCCCCGGGGCACUCUAAGGACAUGACUGUUAUCAGGGGAGGACCGACGCAGUGUGAGGAGCUGGUCGCCUAUCUUCGGGAUGAAUCUGAGUUUAGAGACAAGCUCACUCCCAUCACUAUUUUUAUGGAGUAUCGGCUGGACCAGAGAACGGCUGCUGACGCCACAGGCUUGCAGCCCAUUCUGAACCAGUUCACUCCGGCCAACGUCAGUAGGCAGGCUCACAUUUUGCUCGACUGUGGUGAAGACAAUGUCUGUAAACCUAAACUGGAAGUUUCUGUAGAUAGUGAUCAAAAGAAGAUCUAUAUUGGGGAUGACAACCCUCUGACCCUGACCGUGAAGGCGCAGAAUCAAGGAGAAGGCGCCUAUGAAGCUGAGCUCAUCGUUUCUAUCCCACCGCAGGCUGACUUCAUCGGGGUUGUCCGGAACAACGAGGCCUUAGCAAGACUGUCCUGUGCAUUUAAGACGGAAAACCAAACCCGGCAGGUGGUGUGUGACCUUGGGAACCCGAUGAAGGCUGGAACCCAACUGCUUGCUGGCCUUCGUUUCAGCGUGCACCAGCAAUCAGAGAUGGAUACGUCUGUGAAGUUUGACUUGAAAAUCCAAAGCUCUAAUUCUUUUGACAAUGUCAGCCCAGUCGUGUCUUACAAGGUUGACCUUGCCGUUUUGGCUGCCGUUGAGAUAAGAGGAGUCUCAAGCCCAGAUCAUAUCUUUCUUCCAAUUCCAAACUGGGAGUACAAGGAAACCCCUGAGACUGAAGAAGAUGUUGGGCCUGUUGUUCAGCACAUCUAUGAGUUGAGAAACAAUGGUCCAAGUUCAUUCAGCAAGGCAAUCCUGAACCUCCAGUGGCCUUACAAAUACAACAACAAUACUUUGCUGUACAUUCUCCAUUACGACAUUGAUGGGCCGAUGAACUGUACUGCCGACACAGAGAUCAACCCUCUGAGAAUUAAGACGCCUGAGAAGAAUGACACAGCAGCUGAGCAAGGAGGAAGAAAUCAUCUCAUCACCAGGCGGGAUCUCAGCCCCAGUGAGGGAGAUGUUCACACUUUGGGCUGUGGAACUGCUCAGUGCUUGCAGAUCACCUGCCAGGUCGGUCGACUGGAUAGAGGGAAGAGUGCCAUCCUGUAUGUGAAAUCCCUGCUGUGGACCGAGACAUUUAUGAACAAGGAGAACCAGAACCAUUCCUAUUCCCUGAAGUCAUCCGCUUCAUUUAAUAUCAUAGAAUUCCCUUACAAGAAUCUUCCGAUUGAGGAUCUCUUCAACUCUACGCUAGUCACCACGAACAUCACCUGGGGCAUUCAGCCAGCACCCAUGCCUGUGCCUGUGUGGGUGAUCAUCUUGGCGGUUCUCGCAGGGCUGCUGUUACUGGCCGUGUUGGUAUUUGUAAUGUACAGGAUGGGCUUUUUCAAACGUGUCCGACCACCUCAAGAAGAGCAAGAAAGAGAACAGCUUCAGCCUCAUGAGAACGGCGAAGGAAACUCUGAAACCUAACUGGGCUUCUUAAGCUGUGGUACUUCCGCGCCCUCCGAAUUUACCAACCCGACGGCGGAUUUAAAUCUCUUGCUGAAGAAUAAAAUCCCAGGACUGUAUUGCUGAGGGCACCCAGCAGCCUCAGUUUACCCACAAAAUCGAAAUGGGUAUUUGUUGACUUCUCUUUAUAAAUAAGUUCAGAUCAUUUACUUCACAUUACACUGACGUGUUUUUAGGCCUUUAAGUGGUGGAAUUUCAGUGUACAUAAGACAGAUAGCACCCGAGUUACCACGUUGUAUAGCAUAGUACCCCUUCACUUACUGCUUCUAAUUUACUGUGUGGGGCUUCUCUCUGCGGUGUUACGUUAGGGCAGGUAGGAUUGUAAAGCAGUUCAGACUUAGACCUUAACUCAGUAAGUUUGCACAGGUACUUAGAACAGGUACACAUCACACUACAGUUGAGUUCAUAAGCUACUGAAGACUUUGCAAUUGCAUGGACUUAGAUUUUAAUAUCAUUUACACAGCGGGACUUUUAAAGCAAAUAAUACCAUCAAAAUUCUUUCCUGGGACUAUAACUCACUUCGAAGCACAUGCAACUCUCUGGGUUUAAUCCUCCACAUGGGGAGGAAAAACAGUAGCUUCCUGUAUUAACAGCGGUACAGUAUUUUUAUAUGAAAAUUAGGUUUUUAUUUAUGUGUAGUUGGCAUUGUAUUUUAUUGUAUUUUAACUUUUGUAAUUUAAAUUCUAUAUCAGAUCCUUUAAGCCAUUUCAUGCAGAAAAUUUUAUAAUUAAAAAUACCCAUUAUGUAAUAGCGUGGUCUCAGCUGAUGAUGAUGACUGAAGCCGUUGGAGUUGGAAGUUGUUUCUAGUACAUCUAUUUCCUUUGUUUGGGUGCCUGCAACGUAUAAAAGCUCGAGAGACUCUCUGUAGGUGUCUCUACUCCACCUGCUCACCAAAAAUCCGUUCUUUAAUUGUACCAGAGCUUUUAAUUGGUAGUAAUUUAUUUUCCUCCUGUCUUCAUAUUUUCCUUCCACUUCCAGAAUGGAGACUGGCUCAAGACUGUCUUCAUAACCUAUAGGAACGUGGAUCUCUCUCUCACCCUUACCCCAUGAGAAAUGGCUGGGAUCAGCAUCCCAAAGGUGGCUAUUGACUUGUUUCUAGCGAUAGCAUGGGUAGUACCUUAGGUUAAACAAGGCAAUGUAUAAAACCUUCCCCCGCAGUCAGAAUAAAUGCUAAAAAGGUGUUUUUGUAAGCAGUUCUUGUUACUGAGAACUCCAAAAGCCGUCUUACAGUUUUAAAUUCAAAUUACUUUUCUGGGGCUUUAAUAGAGGCAGCAGAGGAAGCACGGUACGGUCUUAAGUGUUGGUGAUUUAUUCACAGUUCCUCAAGGCCCCCGGGAUAACUAUCAAUUAUAGCUAUUUUUGUGCAAUUACAUCAUGUUAUGCAUUGGAAGCUGAGAAUUUUAAUAGCUUUUAAAACUGCUGUCCUCAUUAAGCAGGGAAAAAUAUUUCUCUUAAAUAUUGAAUAUUUUUCCUACAUUUUAAAAAUAAUUAAAGUUUGUCUCACCAUAUCUUACAUUAAUUCCAUGUGCGUUGGAUAAGCUAAUCUGGAGGAUAAUAUAUUUUCAUACCUUGAAGUGAAUUUAUGUGAGUACAAAUUAGACUAUAGACAGAACCCUAUAUCUAGCUUUAAUGAAAUUUUAAAAUAAUGAGUUUUGGCCUGAAAGAUCAUAAUCAUAUAUGCAAUAACAAUUAUUUUUUUAAACCAAUAGAUUUAAAUUCUUUGAAGGAACAUUUUUUUGUCUUACGGCCAAAUGCCACUUGGCCACCUAGGACCACCGCACAGUCACUAAGUUGGCCGUAUAAACUCUUGCCUUCCUUGUCUUUCAGCAUAAUAACUGCCAUUCCUGAAAACCAAUGAAACUCAUUCCUGAAAACCAAUGAAACUCGUUCUCUGGUAGUUGAAUCAAUAUUGGUUUUUACAGUUCUAUGCCAAGGAGUAGCUUUCUGUUAGAGAUGGAAAGAUGUUGUAACUGGAAAACUGACAUGAUGUGUAGGUUUAAACAACAGUAUGGAUUUUCUUUUUUAAAAAAAUGUAAGUUUGUACCUCUGUAAAAUUAGGAAUUGUAAUUCGAAUGUUAACUCUGAAAAAAUGUUGAGAUUCUCUUUAUGCUAUAACAGCAUAGGCAUAUAGCUAACGAAACAGCAGGAGAUUAUUUUAGAUUCAUAUUUUUUAUUUACUGAGAAUUGAAAUUUAUUUCCAAGUAUGAAAUUUUCAUAAUCUAGUUUGAUUAAAGAAACGGAUUGGUCCGGAGGACAUUUGACACACAUGAGGGAUAUUAACACUGAUACUGAUUUCUUAUAGAGGUAUUUAUUUUAGAGUCGAUACUUUAAAACAUCUGUGUGAGGGUUACUUUGCCCUGUUAUGUUUAAUUAUCAUCAUAAUUCUGAUUAUGUUCUCAAUGACUACGAAAGGUGAAACAGUCAAGAUAUUAUUGUCUUAAAUCUACCUGUAUCGCAAAAUUACUUGCUAAUAAUUAAUCCUCGUGAAAACAUUACUUCUGUAAUGAGGAAAAUCACUAAGAGCAGACGAGAGUUUUGCUGCUACCUUACGAGAACAGUGAGUUUCUGUAGUGAGUCUAACCCUAAGGAGGGAGUUUGAUGGCAGAGUGUUUGUGUAAGCAGCUGGUUCUAUGCCCAUGUGGGGGAGUGCUGAGGACAGCCUCAUGGAGAAGAAAAGCAAGUGGUUCUAGAGUAUCUGUGUGUGGCCACUGCCUAUCCUAAUGUCGCCUUGUUCUAACUCGUGGGUGGCUUGUACAUUUAAUUUGUUGAGUAAGGGGACCCGGCAAAAAUGUAUUAUGGGAUCUAAAAAGGCAAAUAAAAUUAACUCGAUGCCUAGUGAUUUGUAAAAGGUUUCUUUGAACUUACUCCUUUUAUUUGAACCAUGAACCUGUGGGUAUGCCAUCUACAGUAUACACUGGCAUUCACUGUGAUUUCUGACAUGUCAUGGACUUCCUGUGAGGUACUGAAUCUUUGCAUUCUGUUGUUAUUGUUCUCAAGUGCAAUAUAACAAUGUAACGAAACUUAAAUAUGAGUCACUAUUAAUUUAGUAAGACAUUAUUAAUUUGUCACUAUUAAUCUGAGUAGAAAUUUAUUAGUAUUUUUUAUUAGCAGAAAAGAACAAUCUGCUGUAGUUGUAGAUAUACAGGUGAAGUUUUUUUUUUUUUUUGUUUUUUGCUUUUUUUGUUUCGUUUUGGUCUUUUUUUUUUUACCUCUAAACCACCCAAUCUGCAUUUUAUUUUAGGUGGAAGACAAACUAUUCCUUACCAGUUUUAAGACAUUUUCAGUAUAUUAAGAUAACUUGGAAGCUGUGUGUAUCAAAUUACUUUGCUCUCUAAGUAACAUGGAAGAUAAUUUUUUUUUUUUUUUUUGGCUUCUCUCGUGAUCGCCCACAUUGGGUGAGACAUAAAACGAGUCUCUUCUGAAACCUGUCAUUGGCUAGCUUGUUUUGAGUUAGUAAAAGCAGGUUCCAUGCUCUGCUUGGUUUCCAAUGUGUAACUUGUGUCUGUAUAAUAAACUUGAACAUAUGGUGCCA